AGAAGAAUUAGAAGCUGUUGUUGGGAAGACAAAUUUUGUGUGCAUGUGAGUUUGUGUGGCUACAAUAGCUAGCCAUAGCUUGGCUAGUUAUGUUACAUUAAAUACAUUGGUGAUGUAGCGUAGCAGUCUGUAUUUCUGUCGUUUAGAUAUGCUUAACUAAGAACAUACUUGACCAUUGGUGGGUCCAGAGAGCAUACCGAGCAACUAGUCAGCUACAUCCUCUCUAACCCGCCCAUGUCAAAACAAAACAAAAAACAUGUCUUAUCGGCGAGAUGGCAGCAUACAAGAUGCCUAUGAGGAUUUCCCACACAGAGAAGUAAUAUACAAGAGAGUUGUCAGUGUUGUCGAGAAGAGGUCUGUCUUGAGACCAGAACAAGACUAUGUCCAGGAAUACGACUAUGAUGACCAGCGGUACAGUGGUUCUCAAAGCUACCAUGACCAGGAUGGGAGAGAACAUCGAGCCAAAAACACCCAUGAAGUGGUUGACCGAGGAGGGUACUAUGGUGAAACUACUCGCUUUAGUAGUGGCAGCAGAAGGUCUUCACCACCACGUAACGAUUCUUACCCUUACUACAGAGGAUCCAGAGAUAAUACUCCCACUGGCCGUCAGGUCAAGCUGAGCGGUGAGAGAGCUGGCUCCCUCCCUAGCAGCAGAGGCCGUGGGCCUGGAUCCCUCCCCUGCAGCAGGGGCCGUGGGCCUGGAUCCCUCCCCUGCAGCAGGGGCAGUGGGCCAGGCUCCCUCCCCAGCAGCAGGGGCAGUGGGCCUGGCUCCCUCCCUAGCAGCAGGGGCCGUGGGCCUGGCCCUCCCAGGUCCCGGUCUGCAGGCAAGGCUGACCAAAGAGGAGAAAAGCCAAUGCAUGAGCUCACCUACACAGGAGAGGACCAUGAGGCCUUCCGGCGGAGGGAGCCCUACCCUGGAUGGGAACGUUGUCGUUCUCCCCUCAGGAGGGAUGCCCAGGGGUGCUCAUACCAGCAGAGCCAGCAGAGGAACAGGAUUCCUAAUCCCAAUAGUUCUCUGGAUGCUGUGCGAGUCCAGGAGGUGCCCCCUGCAUUGGUUUCAAAGCCGGAACCGGGCGUGAGGGUCAGCGUGGAGUCAGAGAACGCUCCAGAAGAGGACUUUGCGACUCGGCGGUCGAGGGAAAUCGCCAACAAAGCUCUGGAAAUUGAGAAGCUGUACAGACAGGACUGCAUAACGUUCGGCACGGUGGUGAACAUGCUGGUGACCAAGGAGCCCCGUCUGGACCAGCUGCUGCAGGCUCCUCUGCAUAAGAGCCUGAUUGAGAUCAAGGAGCGCUGCUUGGAAGACCUCCGACACUUCAUCAAGGACCUGGACCAGGUCGCCUCGAAGCUUGGAACACCAUGAGAGACACAUUGCCCCGAUACAAAGUUCUAAUGUGAAGACACUAGUUGACUAUAUAGUUAAGUAUUAGUAUAGGGGGGAGGAGGAGGGUGUUUGUACUGUGAUGGUAUCACAGUACAAUCGCAGUCCAAUGGUAUUGGAACUGCAACUGUUUAUUUUUUUAUUAUUUUGUAUUAUUGUUGAACAUGUUCCUUGGUCCUACUUUUUAAAAGUGAGUUAUGUGAAUUUUGUAGCCUCCACAAUACAAAAGUACGGGAUUGUUUUCACUAUGGGGCACUGUGCCGUCAUAUACCUUAAACAGUAAUCAGACUACACAAUGAUGUCAAGUACUCUACUAUCUUUUUGUCUUGAUGGCCAUUACAGUCCAGUCCAUUUGUAUCCUGGACCUGAAUCAUACUGAUUCUGUUGAAAAUGGUGUUAUUUAGAGUUUUGUGGAGAUCAAUAACUAAACGUCUAUAUUUAUGGGGAAGUGUAGAUGGUGUUUCCUUCAAACUGCUCUCCAGCAACGUUGUCACGUGACUCUAAAGUGAACUUUCAUUCAAAGUUAUUUUCCUAUUAUGACAUAUUCUUGUGGCCACAUCUUUUAUUGAACAGAUUAAGUUUGACAUUGUAAACCAUUUUGUUACACACAGAUUUUGUACUGUUGCGUACGUACAAAUAUCAUGUUACCCUACAGUCAUGUUUUACCAGUCAUUUUUGUGUUCAGAAUAAUAAAUGUAUUGAAUUACUAGAA